GCAGGUGUGCUAAUUGAUAUACAAUAGCGUCUUCCUGGUAGUGUGUUGUUCGCCGCUGUUUUGUUUGUCGUCUCCCCUGGAAAUGGACCUAGCAUAAAUUCUCCUUGAAAACAAAUCAAUGUACUGUAAUGUUCUUGUUCCUGUGCAAGAUGUUGCAGUUUAUUGUCCUGCUUCAAGUGUCCCUGGUGGGCUUCGGUGUCUCGGUUGCCAGUCCAGGUCGGGAAUUUCUCAUGAGGUUUCCACCUCAUAAUGAUCCCAAAGCAAAUACCCGCCACAAAGUCACCAUCACGGCUACUAGAAUUCAGACGUCUGUCACAGUGAAGGUUCUGCAAAGCGACUUCACACGACUCAUCUCUCUCGCCGCCAAUCAAACAGAAACUAUUCAACUGCCUUUAUCUGUGGGAACAGCCAGUGCUUAUUCCUCCUCCCUGCUCAGUGUGACAUCUGUACAGCCCGUUAUAGUUCUGGUUUCAUUCUGCACCCACACCGGAUGUGAGCGUAGUCUACUCCAUGACGUGUCAUCCUGGGGUACCCACUAUUAUCCGGUUACUCCAAAUUUCGCCAGUCAGACUGCCAUCAGUGAAAUUGUGGUCACUAACUCGUAUCGAGAGACAUCAGUGGACAUUUUCCUCUCGGGGGAAGUGCUCUUUAAUGGAGAGUCAUACCACAACGGAAGCGUCCUUAAUUUGCAUUUAAGGGUGUUUGAGAGCAUCUACCUUCAAAGUAAUUUCAGCCUUUGUGGCUCAGAGGUGUACUCACAAGAACCAGUUGGGGUUAUAGUCGGUUUUACCUGCUUUGACUAUAAAGCAGGCGAUUUCCUGUAUGGAUUUGCUGAACUUAAACCAGUCUCCCGUUGGAGUUUUGACUAUUUUAUUCCCCGUGUUUUAAAUGCCGGAGUCAACCCCAGCCUCCUGUUGGCUAUGACAAAAAUUAACGCUAAUCUGGUUGUCGUUACUAGCAAUGAGAAGAGGAACGUGUCUUUACACGGCGGUGUUAUGAAGACCAUCUCGGUUGUCGCAUCAGAUAAUGUUUACAUAGCGAGCGAUGUUCCGCUUCAGCUUAUUUAUUUCAGACAUGAACUCGAGCAGCGUGCUUCAACCCUCACGGCGCUGCUCUCCGUAGAGGAUAUCUGCCACGGUGGGGCCAUGUUUGAUGCAGAGGAUAUUGGUUCACAUCCAUAUGAUAUGUAUAAUAUAAAGCACACCUUUACUGCACGGCCUAAAAAUGACUCCAGUUCUACUUAUGUAGAUGUGGCACACUACCUGAACACUAUGAACAAAGACUUGUAUCCAUCAGUGUGUGAAAAAAAUAAAUCCUCCUGUGACGACUUUCACUGUGGCCACAAUCAAAAGUGCUUCAUAAAAAACGGACAUCCAUCCUGUUCUUCCAAAACUAAAAUAUGCUCUGCAUGGGGUGAUUCAUAUUAUCGCACCUUUAACGGGACAUAUUUUGUCCUCCUGGGAAACUGUAACUACACCUUAGUUCAAACCACCUGUGCAGGAUUAAAUACUUCCUCUCCACUGCAGGUUAAUAUAGCCAGAGCAUAUUUAAGUGGUGGCGCUGUCUCCAGCAUCCACAGCGUGGAAAUAAAAAUCCACGGAUUUCAUAUCGUCAUGUAUAAAGGAGAGCGAAAUCAAAUUAGGGUUAAUGGACAUAGAAGGUUCCUACCUUUCACUUUAGGUGACAGUUCCCUAAAACUGUAUCCAAGUGGGCUGGGUGUUGUUCUGGACACUUCAUUUGGCAUGACUCUGCAAUAUGACUGGCUUCAUAAUGUCCAAGUUGAAGUAGGCCCAGAGCUGCAUGGAGCUCUGUGUGGGCUUUGUGGAAGUGCCAGUGACAGCAUCACCGCCUGGAACGGGGCUACUACAAAGCCCGGAGCUGUGAAUCUUACCCUCCCCUGGGUGUUGGACAGCAACGCGGGGUCGUGUAUGGAAGACUGUGGAAGUGGCACGUGUCCAGCGUGUAUCCAAAGUGCAAGUCGGUCUUACCCCGGCGUUAAGGAUGGCUCCCCUGAGAACAAAUGCUCUUUACUGAAGACGACUGAUGGGCCUUUUAGUGACUGCCACUUGUAUAUCGAUCCUCGGCCUUUUGUUCUUAGUUGUGUGAGCAACCGGUGUCUCGGCGAAGGAACCGCUUCGAUGUGUAAGGUCUUCAAGGCCUAUGCCGGAAUCUGCCAAAGAGUUGGGGGCAGGAUUCAAAACUGGAGAUCAAUUUCCAAGUGCAAUAUGGCUUGUCCUCAAAACAGCCAUUACGAGGUGUGCGGUUCUGCCUGCCAGCCAACAUGCGCUCACCCAGAAGUCCGGCAUGUCUGCUCGCUACCAUGCGUGGAAUCCUGCCAAUGCAACAGGGGAUAUCUGCUCAGUGACGGAAAGUGCGUAUCUCCUAGCAAGUGCGGUUGCGUCCACAACGGCUCUUACCAUCCCCCCGUGAAGACCUUCUGGACGGACAAGCGGUGUCGUGAGAAAUGCGUUUGCCAGCCUCACUCCAAGACUCUUACGUGCGCUCCGUCUCAAUGCCAGACCGGCAAAGUCUGCAAGGUGAUAAACGGACUCCCUGGUUGCCAUGCCGAUAGACCUGGUCUAUGUAUAGUAAAAGGAUAUUCUCAUUACACCACCUUUGACGGCCGCAAGUUUGACGUUCAUGGAAACUGUAGUUACUUACUCACAUCUCAUUGUCCCACCUGGGGAGACCUACAAGACUUCAAGAUCGAGGUUCAGAACCAUUAUGGUGGUUCUUUUCGGUGUGUUAAGUUAUCAGUUGAUGGUUAUUCCAUCGAGAUGUCAGACGAGUGGAGUAACAAGAUCAUGGUGAAUGGUCUGCUCCUGAAUCUACCGUCUGUUUUGACCCGAGGCAAAGUAAUGCUGUAUCUGAAGGGGCAAUCAAAGUGUAUAGAGACCGACUUUGGUGUUAUUGUGACGUACAGCUCAGACACCCUGACUGUGACAAUACCCACGGUCUUCUCUGGUAAUUUAUGUGGACUGUGUGGGAACUUCAAUGACGAUGCCGAGGAUGACCUGGUGCCAGAUGACACGUUCGAUAUAGUUCCAGCUGUAAAGCGGUGGAAAACAAACGAUGAACACGAAUGUGUGGAUGUCCCCUUGAACGCCUCAGGCUGCAGUCAACAAGAGCUGGUUCUUUAUCAGGGCAAGGAUUUCUGCGGCAGGUUAUUGGAUCCUGAAGGGGCAUUCCGGAGCUGCCACAGCAUGGUCGAUCCCGAAGAUUUCUAUAACGACUGCGUUUAUGACCUUUGCAAUGGGAAUCAGACGACCUUGUGUAAGAUCUUAUCCAGCUAUGUUGCGGCGUGUCAAGAAGUGGGAACCUUAGUGGAUGAAUGGCGCGGGUCCAACUUCUGUUCAAUCACCUGCCCACCAAACAGUGAAUACCACCUCUGUUCCAGUCACAAGUCUGCCUGUGUUCAAAUCCCCCGUCGUCUUCCACAGGGAUGCAACGAGGGCUGUUUUUGCAAGCCUGGGUUUUUCCACGGCGGCGGGGAAUGUGUACCGAACUCUGAAUGCGGCUGCAGUUAUAAUGGUGUUUACCACAGAAUUCACGAAAACUUCCACCCCGAUGAAAACUGCCUUCAGUCCUGCGUAUGUGUGGGCCGUAAUGAAGCACGGUGUACGAACCACACGUGUCCGUCUGGGACCGAAUGUGUCAUCAAACAUGGCUUCCGCACAUGCCGUGCGUCGCAAUUUAAAUGUACACUCAUGGGAGAAAGACACGUGCAGACUUUUCAUGGGCAUCUUUUUGACGUGAACAUCGGAAGUUGGUCUUAUCUACUUUUCCAGUUUUGUGAUGAUCCUGGGACUUCUGCUGUCAUCCAGGAAGGCCAACUGGACCUCAGAGUCUACGGCAUGAUACUGACAUUGACUUGGAAGCAUUCGGAGAAAGUAAAGAUUGAUGGCGUUCUGAUGACACUUCCUGUUCAUACAAACGGCGUAGCAGUACUGCUCUCUGGUUCGCUGACCCGUGUCAUUUGUCCCGACAUUGGGAUUGUAGUCAUCUACGGAGGACCUAAUCUGAUCCAAAUAACUAUUCUAGAAACUCACAAAAGUAUUUGCGGCUUGUGUGGAAAUGCCGCUACACAUGACCAAGGAAGUCUGGUGUCGGAUGAUUCCCAAACGGGAUCUUCAUGGUGCCUUUCACCAGAUUGCACUGUUGCCUGUCAUAAUUGUUCUCAAUGCAACUCUUCCGAGGAAUUUGCCUCGGAUAGCCUCUGUGGCAUGCUGUUGUCUCCUGAAGGCCCGUUUGGUGCGUGUCAUUCUACUGUGGAUCCGAUGCAGUUUUUCCAGAAUUGUGUCAAUGACCUGUGCAGGUCUAAUAACGAUGAACUGCUUUGCGAUAGCUUGAGACAGUACACGUUUGCCUGCCAGGAUGCAGGAGCCGAAAUCAAACCAUGGAGGGGGGAUAAGUGUGCACUUUCAUGCCCUAUGCACUCCCACUACAAAACAUGUGUCGGUGCAUGUUCGGAGUCCUGUGCGGUUUUAUCUGAUGUACCGUGUCCAUGGCCCUGCUAUGAAGGAUGUCAGUGUGACUCGGGAUACAAGCAAAGUGGAGGUCGCUGUGUCAAACCCGAGCAAUGUGGCUGUUUCUUUGGUGGGCAGUACCAUAAGGUUGGAGAACUGCUGUGGAAUGAAGGCUGCUCCAAGCGGUGCAACUGCUGUUACACUGCCACUCUGUGUUGCGAACCAGCCUCUUGCCCCGAGGGGCAGAGCUGCGUCCUUAAUGAAACCUGGCACUGUGCAGAGAAAAAUUUGUCCUGCCCAGUGAAUAGCCAUUAUGAGUCCUGUGGGACGGCCUGCCCUGCAACCUGUAAAGCCCAGUUCAAUUCACCCUGCACGCUGGCUUGCGUGGAAGGAUGCCAGUGUGACUACGGAUUCGUUCUGGAUGGCGACACCUGUGUCCCACCAUCUCGGUGUGGCUGCACAUACAAUGGACAUCAUUACCACGGCAAUGAGACCUUUUGGGGUGAUGACACAUGCACUCUACAGUGUUUGUGUGACCCCCACACCCACCGAGUGGAUUGCCGUGUGGCUUAUUGUGACGCUGACAAAUACUGUCAUCUUCAGAAUGGAGUCGCACGUUGCGUGAAGGAUGAUUUUCAGCGGUGCGUCUACACUGGCCGUCGCGUUGUCACCUUUGACCGGCGUAAUUAUAAUUUCUUUGGCACCUGCCAGUAUCAGUUGUUGGGAAUCUGUGAAGAAAAGCAAGGUCUUGAUGUCGUCCAAGUGAACGUGCGGACAGAUGGGAAUCUUCAGUCAGCGAAAAAUAUCUUGGUCUCCAUAAAGGGUCGGCUUCUGAAUAUAGACAGUAACAAUACAAACAACAUAAAGGUUGAUGGCACAAAAAGAAACCUGCCAUUCUACUACAACGAUACCGCAUUGGCGUUUUCAUUAGGGCUGCACACGUACGUCCUUGCAGCAUCUGGCUUUGCGUUGACUAUCAGCAAAGAAGGCACUCUCGUCAUUGCGCUCUCUCGCAAAUAUGCUAACGCUACUUGCGGUCUCUGCGGUAACUUCAACUCCGAUCCUGCUGAUGAUCUCACAGUAAACGCCACACAACAGCGUCUCACUCCUGAGCAAUUUGGGAACGCUUGGCGAAGUGAACGGAACCACCGGUGUGUGGAAGGCUGUCUACGUGGAAGCUGUCCAAAUUGUUCAUCUGAGGCUUUGGCCCGCUUCUCUGACGCAGAGGCUUGCGGAAAGAUCCUGGAAGUUAAUGGACCAUUCAGAGACUGUCACAGCAAAGUGGACCCCUCCAGCUUUUACAAGAACUGCGUCAGUGACCUGUGUCUUUAUGGAGAUGUGCAGCCUGCAGUGUGUCACUCGCUGGCAGACUAUGCUGAUGUCUGCCGUUAUCACAAGGCUCUAGUUUAUGCCUGGAGGAGCCCUGAAUUUUGCUAUGAAUCCUGUCCCUCCAGCACCACCUACAGCCUGAGCGCAACCCCGAUUCGCUUAUGCCUCGGCUACUCCAACUACACUUAUGAGCUCUUUUCAAACGUGGGCGAGAACUGCCUCUGUGAGGCAGGUUUAGUCCACAGUGGAAGCGGUUGCGUGCAUCCAAACAACUGCGGCUGCUUGCACAACGGGGAAUACCUCACAGCAGGGGAAGUGGUGUCUACAUGCGACCAAAGGUGUUUAUGUCAACCCGCGGGAAAUUUGACUUGUGUUGAUGUGUCAUGUAGCGAGGAGGAAGAAUGUAAGCUUGUUGAAAGCGUCCGAGGUUGCCACCCCAAAGCUAAAAUGGGUCACUGCACCAUAAACGGAUCCCGGUAUACAACGUUUGAUGGGCGGGAAUUUGAAUUUGAUGGUUCAUGUAACUAUACUCUGGUAAAAACAUGCUCUCUGAUGGGCCUUGAUGUGGAGCCACUUUUAAUAACGGUGCAUGGUAACGAGAGUGAAGGCAAGCGACUCUAUCUGCAAGUUGGCAACAUUACUUUUAAGAUGUCAGCUGAUUAUUCUGGCAAAAUCCAAGUUAACGGACUUUAUGAGAACCUCACAUUCUCCCAGAACGUGACGGUGCAUCAGAAAAACAAAUGGACGACAAUCAAGAUUGCACACUCCAUAGAGAUCAUUUCCGACCUGCAUAACCAGAUAGACGUCAAGCUCCUGCAUGAAUAUCACCACACCACGUGUGGCCUUUGUGGGAACUACAAUGACGACCCCUCGGAUGAUAUGCAGCUACCCAACGGCACCGUCGUCUUUAAUCCCGGUGAAUUUGGAACCGGAUGGAAGUUGUCUGACUCUGAAUCGUCAUGCAGAGACGCAUGCGACGACGGUUCAUGCCAACGGUGUCUAUCCUCAGAGUAUUCAUCGGACUUGUAUUGUGGACUUCUCAACCAGUCAAGGGGACCCUUUUCUUUUUGUCAUUCACUAAUAUCUCCGCAGAAGUACUUCUCGCUCUGCGUGAAUAACCUUUGUGUUGCGCAGGGCCAAAAACAAGCUUUGUGUGACGUACUGGAGGUAUAUGAAGCGGCGUGCAAAGAAGCCGGAGUCGGUGUUGACCCCUGGAGGAACAGCACAGGCUGUGCUUCAAAAUGUCCUCGAUUCAGCCAUUACAGACAGUGUGCAAAUGUUUGCUCCUCCUUGUGUCCUGGGAUCAGUCUUGGUAUUCAGUGUCCUAGACAGUGUGAGGAAGGAUGCGAGUGUGAAGCUCGGUACUUUUAUGAUGGCCAUGCAUGUGUGCCGGCUGAGCAGUGUGGCUGCAUGCAUCAUGGAAGUAGAAUUAAGGUUUCGGAAAGCCAGCUUCUACAAAACUGCACUGUUAACUGCACCUGCGUGCCUCCUCUUAUUUGUGAGGAGCAUAAGUGUCCACCACUGCACAGUUGUAUCACUUUGGAUGGAGUGGAUCGCUGCCACAAAGAUGACCUAGAUCCCUGUGAGGGGACAUGUGACGCGUCUGAGAGUUGCUACCUCAGCAAUGGGGAAGUUGUUUGCGAGACCCGUCCGGGUCGGUGCUGGACAUGGGGAAGCCAGCACUACCGCACCUUCGACGGGUUCACUUAUAACGUGGACGGUACCUGCACGUAUCUGCUUUCGGGCAGCAAAGGCACCGCUUGUGAAGCUCCGCCUUUCAGCGUGUCCAGGAAGAGCAAUUGCAAAGAAGCGUCCCCGAUGCAAGUGGUGACUGUACAAGUGUAUGGGUUCAUCAUCGUACUUUCUGAUGAGGACAGUGUACAUGUUAAUGGCGAAGUUAAUUAUAUCCCUAUUACUCUUCUUCGGGGAAAGAUUGACAUUUCAAACAAGGAUGGCAAAGCUCUGCUGAAGACGGACUUUGGACUGCAUGUAUUGUUUGACUGGAAUACCACCGUUUUCAUCACGCUAAACCCACAUUAUAAAGGUAUUGUGUACGGGCUUUGCGGUAAUUUCAACGACAAUCCUCAAGAUGAAUAUACUUCAAAUCUACCUGGUUCCCCUCCUGUUAACACAAGCGUGGAGUUUGCUCGGGCAUAUCGGCUUUUCGAUGGCGAUCAUAAGUGUUGUACCGGUUGUAAACAGAAACUGGACAUGGCUAUGUUUCUGGAGGAUAUGGCCGCUGUAGAAAAAAGUCACUGUGCUGAUCUCCUGUAUCCAAAUGGUCAGUACGCACGGUGUCACGGUCUUGUCAACCCAGACCCUUUUUAUCAAAGUUGUAUAGACUUUGUGCCUAAAGGAGGCGCUAAAGCUGCUGUUGACCAGACUACAUCUUCUUAUUCCUUGGUUUGUAGAGAGCUCAAUGAGGACUUCCUCUUUGGAGUGCCAGUUUUUUUUCGCUGUCCACCAAACAGCCACUAUAAGACCUGUGGAUCAGCCUGUCCAAUAACAUGUCAACAAAGGGACAGAUUCUGCAUUAAGGCUUGCGUCCAAGGCUGCUUCUGUAACCGCGGUUUCAUCGACAGUCCAAAGGGUUGCGUGCCACCGAAGCAGUGCGGCUGUACAGAUUCCGCAGGAAAAUACCACAAUCUAAACUCUUCUUUCUGGAUCCCGGAUGAUUGCGGACAAUUCUGCACCUGUAGACCAGAAGGGAUGCGCUGCAGUCCAUCGCAGUGUCCGAAAGGAAUGUCCUGCAACCAGCUAACCCACAACAGAGUGUGUCAACCCGACAAACCGCUGAACUGCAGCGUCGUCACCGGACUGCACUUUACAUCCUUUGAUGGACAUCGUUUUGACUUCAGGGACAGUUGUGCGUAUACUUUAGUUGGGACAAAAGCCAACCUAAACGGAAGUGAAGCGUUCACAAUCACCAUCUCUAAUGCAAGUUGCCACAGAAAGUUUUUUCAUUGUCUAACUUUGACCCUCUCGGUCUACGGCUUGGGAAUAGUAAUCGGCAAAGAAGACCCUGGAAAACUUCUGGUUGACGGGCUGCAUAAACUCUUACCAUACUCUCACCCAACGGGACAUUUCAACGCCUACCGCACACCUUCAUCUCUGGUUGUUCAUCUCGAUGUGGGAUUACAGGUGAUGGUUUAUAAAACCGGCACUGUGGUGGUUGUACUUCCUAGCAGUUAUGCCUCUUCUGUUCACGGACUUUGCGGGAAUGCUAACUCCGACCCCUACGAUGACCAAAUUAUGCCUGAUGACGAAGAGGCCCAAAAUGUGCUCGAGUUCGCUCACAGCUGGAGGUUGGGCGGACCGAUGUCUUGUAGGUCGAGCUGCACUUCCAAAGUGAAGACCUGCCCAGUAGAUGUACGCAAACUUUUUGAAGGCAGUGAUUUUUGUGGGGUACUCGUGGAUGAACUCGGGCCUUUUGCGGAGUGUGCUUUAGUUUUAAAUCCAAAGCCAUACUUCCACGACUGUGUAACGGAUGUCUGGUCUUAUGGAGGACAUAGCCUGGCUCUCUGCAGUUCCAUUGCAUCUUAUGCUGCUGCCUGCCAAGCAGCUCAGUUGCCCGUCAGGCAAUGGAGGAGUGACACUUUCUGUGGUAUGACUUGCCCCACGAAUAGCCACUAUGAACUCUGUGGCCCUCGAUGCCCUGUUGUGUGCGCUGGACUUCCCUCUUUGACAAACUGCACUGGCGUUUGUGAGGAGGGCUGCCAGUGUGACCCUGGCUACGUCUUGAGUGAUGGUCAUUGUGUACCGGCGGCAGACUGCGGUUGCCUAGACGGGGGACAAUACCAUCCAGCUGGUUACUUUUACGACGGGAAAAACUGUGAAAUUUGUCACUGUUAUGAAGGAAAACUGUCUUGCAGUCGGUCUCCUUGCAGGCCCACAAAAGGCCUCGCGUCACUCGUUGACAUUGUCCGUCAAAAACCCAGGCACUAUGGGGUAUGUGAAGUGUUUGCAGGCUUUGGAUAUGUGACCUUUGAUGGUUUGGUCAUACCUCACUGUGGACCCUGCACCUAUUUGGUGUCCGAACGCGCUCCUACAGCUAUGCACGGUCACACUUUGUUGCUUAGCUUUGAGAAGGAGACUAGUAACACUCUAAGAAAGCUGGUAUUUAUUUUUAAUUCAAUGGAAGUCGCCAUCAAUCCAGAGACUCCAUGGAUAAUACAAGUGAAUGGUGAAGACCACAAUGUGCCUUACAACGGUGGUUUACUUCAAGUUUAUGAAGAUGGGAAUAAAUUGACGGUCACCACUGUGGCCGGGGUGAGACUUGAGUUCUCAUCCUCAAAGUAUCUCCGACUAAGCAUACCGCAGAAUGACGAUGAUACAGCUUCAGGACUUUGUGGGAAUUUCAAUGGCGACAAAUCUGAUGACAUGGAGCUACGGACCGGUAAUCUUGCCCAAAGUGUAGCAGACUUGUUACAUAGCUGGUCCGUUGGACAGAGUUGCGAUGAGGACUGCGGUCAGUGCAAAUUGUCCUCGAACGCCACAUUAGUGUGUGAUGACCUCUUAAGUACAAGCAUUGAAUUCAGUCACUGCAUGAGCCGGGGAGUUGACGUCCGUGUUUACAGAGAUGUUUGCCUCAGAGCCAUUUGUGGUGGGUCGGCUUACAUGGAAGCUUUAUGUCUCGCUCUGGAAGCAUACACGGCAGCCUGCCAAGCCAAGGGAAUAACUGUCGGGUCCUGGAGAGAAAACACCCCCUGCUCUUGUCCGGAUCGCAGCAGCCCGAGUCGGUGUGUCGACUCCGCUUCCAACUCGUGCCCUGCCCUGCUGCAGGCUGGGUCCUCGGCAACUGGCUGUUCAGGGGGCUGCCAGUGCCUGAACGGAAACGUGUUCGACGGAGGCGAAUGUGUACCAGUCAGCCAGUGUGGGUGUAUGGUCUAUGGUAGAUAUCUCAAGCUGGAGGAGCAGCUGUACACAAACAAUUGCACCCAGCGAUGCUGGUGCCACCCACUAGGUGGCGCCUUGUGUGAGAAGACGACCUGCAGCCCGGGACAAAUAUGUGCUCUGAGGAACGGUUCCUGGGGCUGUCAUAUGAAACAGGAAGUCUGUCAACUCCAAAACAGCCUGCAGGUUUCCACUUUUAACGGGCAGGAGCUGAGCUUGGCACCCAAAACCCCUUACAGGUUGAUGGGCCUUUGCGAUGAAGCUGGUCCAAACUGGUUCAGCUUGAUCUCCUACUAUGGACCCUGUAUUGGCAGCGGCACCAGGCUUGUUACGGUGUUCCAGAUCCUUCUAUUGGGAUUCUCAAUUACGGUCCAAGAUGGCAUAGUUAAGGUGAAUGGACGCCUUGUGCCCCUCCCUCACAGUUUACCUUCAGGGGUGUCCCUGUCCUAUGGCGUGACCCAGGACAAGUCAGUGGUCGCGGUGAUCCUGAAAAGAGAUUUUGGAUUGGAUUCUGAGUUGGAAAUGGAAAUUUGUGCUACGACGGUUACACUCAAAGCAGGCCCGUGGUACACUGGGAAAUUAUGUGGCGUCUGUGGAAACCUUAACGACCCACACUUGCAUAAGUCACUCAAGUCGUGGGUUCUUUCAGACUUUGGAGGCUGCAACACUCAGCCAUCUCCGUAGCAAUGUACUAUAAG